UGGCAUUCUUCCCUCCCACACGAAUGAUCUUCCCCCAACCUCCCAACACCAAAACUCCCAUCUUUCUAUUGUAUAUAAACAAACCAUUUCCCCUCUUUCUCUUCCAUUCUCAAUACUCAUUCCCUCUCCAAUGGCUUCCUUCUCCACUUUCUUCCUCUUCCUUACCCUAAUUUCCUCUUCCCUUUCCAUCUCCCAUUCCCUCACUUGCUCUUCCCAAUCCUUCCCAAACAGAACCUUCACCAAUUGCCAAGAUCUCCCCUAUCUCCACGCCUUCCUCCACUGGUCUUACAAUCCCAAAAAUUCCUCUCUCUCCAUCGCCUUCCUCGCCCCUCCCCCCACAACCGCCGGUUGGGUCGCCUGGGCCGUCAACCCCACCGCCACCGGCAUGGCUGGAUCCCAAGCCUUCCUCGCCGCUUUCUUCACCAAAUCCCUCACUGUCCGUACUUUCAACAUUACUUCUUAUAACUCCGUUCGUCCUUCCCCCACGCUCUCCUUUCCCUUCUGGGACCUUGCAUCCCAAUCUUCCGACGAUUUGUUUGCGAUCUUCGUUACCGUGAAAGUGCCGGAGAAGUCUUCGUCGUUGAACCAAGUUUGGCAAGUUGGGGCGUCGGUGGAUUCCAGUAUGGGUGUUCCAGCAGUGCAUGAGUUUAAACCGGAUAAUUUGAAAUCAAGAGGCGUGUUGGUGUUUGACGGAAGUGUUAGUCCUGUUGGUACUCCAAGUCCUGCUCCACGCCCUGAUCAUGGUGGCGCGUCUGCUGCACCUUCCACUUCGGUGGUUGGCGGUGUUAAUGAAACUGCUGCUGCGCCUACCCCCAAGGCGUCGGGUCUUGACAAAGCUGGCGUUCCCGGAAUUCAGCGGCGGAAUUUGGGGUUUGUUGUCCUGAGUUGGUUUUUGUUUGCUGUUUGGGGGAUUUUCAGUUUCUGAUUUUUAUUUUAGUUUAGAACUCUUGUUUGUCACUUUAUUUUUUUUUUACUAUUAAUGAAAUAAUAAUAAUAUAUUUACUUGAAAACCAUUUUCAAAUAUUAAAAAGAACAACCAAAAAUAGCUAAAUUUUGCAAUUUUUCAUCUACAAUAAUUUUUCAAAAUUUUACACUUUUUCUUUUUGCUUUUUUAAAAUAGAGAAUUGAGUAUAAUAAUGAUGAUGGUGAUGAUGGUUUAUUAUAGAGUUUGUUGGGGUUAGUCUGUUUGCGUUAUUUGGAGGAAUUGUUAUUUGAUUUUAAUUAAAGAAAAAGCAACAAUCAAAAUUAAAAUCUGGAGAUUUGAUUUAAUUAUGAUUUUCAGUAUUUGUUUGAUUUCUUACUUUUACUUUCUCCCGCGGUUGGACUUAUAAUUUAAUUUCACUAAAUAAGUUGAAGAGCAUUAUUUAGUGCAUUUUCCACGUGUACCUCACCUUGUUCAAAUAUCCACUACAAUACACACUUCUAUUUCUUUCUUUCU